CAGCAAACCGAAUCAGAUCAACCCAACUUGCUCCUCGACGAUUCCCUCCAGGAACCAAACACAAACUCCACGACUCGGAACACAAGCUCCACGACUUGGAACACUCACUUCGGACAGGAACAAGAAACGCAUAUAUUUUACAGCUCAGCAAUGCGCCAGAACUUUUUGGGGGUCGUUGUCGGAACAGCGAUGCAGAAGACCGUCAAGGUCAGGGUCAUGAGCAACAAAGUGCAUCCGAUCGUCCGUAAGACAUACAAAUCGUUCAAGAACUAUCUUGCACACGAUGAGGCAUCCAAGUGCAAGUUGGGAGACGUUGUCCGAAUCGAGGCGUGCAGACCACUCAGCGCAAGGAAACACUUCACAGUUGCAGAGAUCGUGGCCGCGUCCAAGGUCUGGGAGCACACAAAGUAAUACUUUGGAUCGUACAGGAGCAUGGAAAACAAUCAAUUGGAGCAUUACACUAUAGGCAUAAGCACAGGAACUUUAUUGCAUAUGUGUCGACAAUAAAAAGCCGUGAACAUUAGAUCUGGAUAUCAUGGGAGCUGAUCUUGUGCUGGAUAAACUCCAACACACCAGAUAUCAUGUCAAGUUGCCCUUGGUCUUAGAAUGGUUUUCGGACGAACUGGCACAAAACAUAUCCGCCAUGCAGCAGCAGCGCAGCUAGACAAUAAAGAAAAUGCGUUC